GGUGGCCUGGGCGGUGUUGGUUCCGCGCGUGACCACCCACAGCUAUGGCCGUGGUAGGGGCUGCUUUCCGCCGCCUAGGUGCCUUGUCCGGAGCUGGGGCCUUGGGUUUGGCCACCUACGGGGCACACGGCGCCCAAUUUCCGGAUGCCUACGGGAAGGAGCUCUUUGACAAGGCCAACAAGCACCACUUUUUGCACAGCCUGGCCCUGUUAGGGGUGCCCUAUUGCAGAAAACCCCUCUGGGCAGGAUUACUGCUAGCUUCUGGAACUACCUUAUUCUGUACCAGCUUUUACUACCAGGCUCUGAGUGGAGACACUAGCAUCCAGACUGCAGGUCCUGUUGGAGGGAGCCUGCUGAUCUUGGGCUGGCUUGCCUUGGCUUUUUGAGGUCUCCUGUUUAGUUGUCCUGUCCUGGACUUUCUGUGUAAUUGAUGGGGGGGGGGGGGAGUAAAGCAGAAAGGGAAUUAAAAGAAAAUGGCAAUAUAUAAAGAA